AUGGGUAAAAUUCAAAAGAAGAACGGUAAGGGUCGUUUGGACCGUUACUACUUCCUCGCGAAGGAAAAGGGGUACCGUGCGCGUUCGUCGUUCAAGAUUCUCCAGAUCAACGAGAAGUACGGGCACUUCCUCGAGAAGUCCAAGGUGGUGAUUGAUUUGUGUUGCGCGCCGGGCUCCUGGUGCCAGGUUGCCUCUCAAUUGUGCCCAGUCAACUCUUUGAUCAUCGGUGUGGACAUUGUGCCGGUAAAGUCGUUGCCAAACUGUAUCACGUUCCAGUCGGACAUCACAACGGAAGACUGCCGCUCGCGGUUGAGAGGACACAUGAAGACGUGGAAGGCUGACACGGUAUUACACGAUGGUGCGCCGAACGUGGGUAUGGGCUGGGUGCAAGAUGCGUUCACACAGUCGCAGUUGACGCUCCAGGCGUUGAAGCUCGCGGUGGAAAACUUGACCCCAGGUGGGACCUUUGUGACCAAGGUUUUCAGAUCCAAGGACUACAACAAUCUUAUGUGGGUGUUCCAGCAGUUGUUCGAGAAGGUGGAGGCGACAAAGCCACCGGCAUCGCGUAACGUUUCGGCCGAAAUCUUUGUGGUGUGCAAGGGCUUCAAGGCGCCAAAGAAGAUGGAUCCGCGCUUAUUGGAUCCUAAGGAGGUAUUCGAGGAGUUGCCAGAUGGACCGGUUAAUAACGAAGCUAAGGUGUUCAACCCAGAGAAGAAGAGAAGGUCCAGACAGGGUUACGACGAGGGGGACUACAUCCAGUACAAAACCAUGGACCUCCUCGAGUUCAUCAAAGACGAGGAGCCAAUCAACAACCUCGGUGGGUUGAAUGAGUUCACGUACGAUCCCGAAGACAUGACCUACAAGAUGCUCAAGAAGUUGAAGCACCACACGCCCGAGUUGUUGGAGUGUUUCAAGGACUUGAAGGUAUUGGGUAAGAAGGACUUUAAGCACAUUCUCAAGUUUCGCAAAAAUGCGCGUGAUCUCUUGGGGUACGAUGAUGAGGAAAAGCCUGAAAUCGAGGUCAUACCUUUGACCGAGGAGGAGCAGAUUGAAAAGGAGUUGGAGCAGUUGCAGAAGAAGAGGCAGCAGAAGCAAAAGAGAGAGAAACGUACCAAGAACGAGACCAAACAGAAGGAGAUCCAAAGAAUGCAGAUGAACAUGUUGACCGAUAUGAACAUUGGUCUCGAUGCCGCCAUGCUGGGAGCUGACUCUCUUUUCAACCUUACCACCGCCGAGAAGACCGGUCAGUUGGCAGACUUGGCCAAGGGGAAGCGUAGGAUGAUUUUCUCCAAUGAGGAGAAAAUGAAGGAUAACGAUAUCGCCUUUGACGACGAGGAGGCCAACACCGGGGACGAGAUCGACGCCUUGGAGACCCAGAUGGACGACAUGUACCACGGCCACACCGAGCGCAAGGCCGAGAGAGACGCCAAGUACAAGGCUAUGAAGGCCAGAGGCGGCGACGAUGAUGCCUGGGAUGGUAUUGAGGACAAGUCUGAUUCUGAUUUGGAGAGCGACCGCAAGGACUACGAAGAGCUCAGCGACAGUGACUUGGACAGUGAUGACGAUGCUGCGAUCGAUGCCUUGAUUGCGAAGCAGAAGGAAGAGUUGGCCAAAGAGGCCAUGAGUAAGCAGGCGAAGGUGUUCUUUGCCGAUUCCAUCUUUGGUGAUGUUGGUGAUGAUGUUCUUUUGGCCUCAUCUGGGGCUCCAACGAAGGGGUCUUCUCCGAAGGGGGCUGCUCCAAAGGGGGCUGCUUCGAAGAGCAAGGCCGCAAAAGCCAAGGCUGCCGAACAUGAAGACUCCGAUUCGGAAAUGGAUGCUGAUUCCGAAAGCGACUUUGAAAUUGUUGCUCCCGAGAGCGAAUUCCAGUCUGAUGACGACUCGGAUUACGAUUCGGAUACGGAAAAGAAAAAGACUCGCACGCACUCGCGUGACGUUGACUUGGCGACGGUUGAGGCGAUGACCUUGGCUCACCAGGUUGCGUUGGGCCAAAAGAACAAGCACGACUUGAUCGAGGAGGGGAUUAACCGUUACUCGUUCCGUGACUCUGACAACCUCCCGGAUUGGUUCAAUGAUGACGAAAAGAGACACAACAAGAUCAUCAAGCCAAUCACCAAGGAGGCCGCCACCGCCAUCAAGGAGAAGUUGAGGCAGAUGAACGCCCGCCCGAUUAAGAAGGUCAUGGAAGCUCAGGGCCGUAAGAAGUUGCGGGCUAUGAGAAGAAUCGAGAAGAUGCGCAAGAAGUCUGACACGAUUAACGAUGACGGUGCCAAGUCUGAGAGAGACAAGGCGGAGGAAAUCUCCAAGUUGAUGCGCAAGAUGACCAAGAAGCAGGCUGUCAAACCAAAAACCACAUACGUCGUCGCCAAGGGCUCGAACAGAGGGUUGGCUGGUAGACCAAGAGGGGUCAAGGGUAAGUACAGAAUGGUCGAUGGUACCAUGAAGAAUGAAGCUCGUGCGUUGAAGAGAAUCGCCAAGAAGAACAAGAAAUAA